UUUUUGUGUACUUUUAUUCCAAUUUUAUUCAAAUUGUAAAUUCCUUAAAUGCCAACUAAAACAUUGGUCUGGAUAUGUUUGAUUAAUUACUUAUGUAUCAUUUUUUAUUGUAUUUAAAAAUUCAAGUGAAGCUAAUGCUAAGCAGUAGUUAUGUUGAGCCAUUACCCUGUGUGUAUGUAUUCUAAUAUUUAUUUCAGUCAGAAAUGUAAUAAAAUGAAAGUGCAUUAUUGUCCAGAUGCCAAUAAUGCAUUAAACCAAAUCAAUGUUCAAAUACAACAUUUUAAACAUUUUUCAUGCCUUCAUAGACAGCAAUUCAAUCGCAGGCACUUAAGUCUACAAUAUUGUAAAUGUUCAUCAGGAUGUCGUUGAUGUGAAACAGGAUUUUUUUAUGAUAAUGUCAUGUUCAGAAUCUAAAUUCAUGUGGAAUUGAAAUAUUCAGGAUAUGGAUAAUUAAACAUGUAUACAUCUGAGAUUAUUAGGGUGCUAGGUGAAUCAAGUUAACCUUAAUGUGUGCCUCUGGAAACUUACUAUCCAGUAGACUUUCACUUUUUUGGACUAUAAGCUUUCUUUGAGUCAGCAUUUUUCUUCACUUAAUUUGUAACCUAAAUGUUAGAAUAUAUGUUGAAAUUUAUAGCUUGAUUUUGAUAAAUUGUUUCAUGAAUGACACAUUUUAACUUUAUGAUAGGAAAUUUUGAUUUAUAAGUCAAAUAAUUCUAUGUAUUUUCUUAUGUGAGCUGAAUUUUAUAAACUCCUUUGUGGAAUGAAUAUAAAAAAUAAGUCCAACUAAGUCAUUUUUCAUUCAAUUUAAACUGAACCGUGCUACAUAAUUUUCUUCUAUUAAUGGAAGCCAGUGCUGGGGUUCCCAGCAAACAUUACAGAAGGAGAUUGUGUCUGUUUUCAUGUGUAAAUUACGUGUGGAAAAACGUGGAUAAUGGAUUGAAGAUCUCACUAUCAUACCAGAAGUUCAGUUAUUAAGUAAACCACCCCAGAUUCAAAAGCAAAUUCUUUAUCAACAAGGUACUAGGUACCUGUAAUAAUGAAUCUAGACAGAGAAAGCCAUGUGUGUCUAUCUUGGAUCACUACGGCAAACUGAAGACAUUUGAUAUUUUUCAGUUCCAAAGUGUCUUAAUGUAGGAUUCGGGACUUUGAGUUGUUGGAAAGGCUGGGCAGGGGCAGUCAGGGAAACUCAGACAAGAUCUCAGCCUGAAAUACCCAGAUUCGAUGAUGCUGGGAAGCAGCUGGAUUCUCAGGAAUCUCAGUCUGCAGGUGUAGGAUCAUGGUUUUUAGGGAUGUGCCAAGAAUCCACCAUGAACGUCACCUUGACUACCGGCUGCCUUCAGAGAACAAUGACUUGCCCUUCUUUUCUGCCAUUGAAAGCUCUUCUGUCUGUCAAUGGCGAGAGCCAACCUAUAACCAUAUAGAAAGGGUGAUCUGGGAAAUUGAUUCCUGGCCUCUUAGGUAGGUACUUGGACCUGAGCAGGGUGGUGCUGGGUUGAGCGCAGAGGAUUCAUCAUGCAAAGAGAUGUUCCUUUUCUAUUUGGGCAUAUAUACCAUCAUGUUAUUCAUAUUCCCCAGUUAUUGAGUUUUUUUAAAUGAUUUUUAAAUUUUACUUGAGAGUUAGAGUUACAGAAAGAGAGAGAGAGAAAAAAAGGUCUUCCAUCUGCUGGUUCACUCUCCAAUUGGCAGCAAUGGCUAGAUCUGAGCCAAUCAAAAGCCAGGAGCCAGGGGUUUCUUCAAGGUCUACCACACAGGCGCAGGGGUCCAAGCACUUGGGCUGUCUUAUGCUGUUUUCCCAGACCAUAGCAGAGAUCUGUAUCCAAAGAGGAGCAUUUGUGACACCAACUGGUACCCAUGUGAGGUGCCGGCAACACAGGUGGAGGCUUAGCCUAUUAUGCCACAGCACCGGCCCUAAGAUUGUAUAAACUAUUGUCCAGUGUAAAUAAUAUUCUAAGUUUUGGAACAUAGAAAUUUCUCUCCAAAUUGAAAAACUUCAGAGGAAGUCUAAACUUACUUACUCAAAAGUUGUCCUAUUCAAUAGGUAUAGAAAUGAAGGAACCAGAUUCUCUGUACAGAAAAUGUAGACUUCCCUUUCAGAAUACUUCGUUUUAUGUAACAAUGAUUUUGAACUGGACCAUACUUCCUAUAAAAAGGAAUAGCAAAAAUUGGGGUUAAUGGGGAGAAAGUACAGUGUAGUUUGAAAUAGUCUCUAAAAAAUUACCAUUCCUGAAGUGGGAAUUUUGCCCAAGAAUUAAGGUUGUAUUUGGGAUUUGUAGUGCCUAUCUGCCUCAAGGGGGGGGCAACUUUUCUCUUGCUGGGGGUGUACAUGGACCUGGGCCACCCUUUUUUUGGUCAAUCCUUUAUGUAUGGGCUGAGAGAAAGUUCAUGUCUGAGGAAUGAAGCUGCAUGGUGUGUGGCCAAGAGAAGCUCAUAUUUCUGAGGACUCAAGGGAAUUCACUGCUUUUGCCUGUUUCUCUUGGCAAGUUCCUCACUGUUUUAUCAACACACUCUCCAAACACAAUAGGAACUAGAGUUUUUAAUGUAUUAUUUCCUAAUAUUUAGGUGGUCUUAAAGGUGAUAAUCCUGCCUCUUCCCUUCUACUUCUGAGUCAAGAUGCAAUUUUAAAAAAUGGCCACAUACAUUAUAAAAAUGGAAGUAAAACUAUUCAUUGUAUUACUGAUAAGAUUUUUCAGAAGAAAAUCUGACCUGUGAGCAAGAAUUAGACUCCCUGAAUGUUUCCCCCACAUCUGGAGGUCACAGGGACACCCAGAGCUUGAAUUGGGGAGCAGGCACACUUACCCCGCAGCCUGCCUUCCCCAUUCACUCAUGGUUUGGCUUGGCUCUCUCCAGAGGAUGAAGAUUCUAUUGCAUGUGGCUUAUUUGGGAGGGAUGAUAGCAAAGGGGAAGGGAUAGAUACAAGGUAUGGGAAAGAACCGACUGUGUAGUGGUCAGUCAAAUGCCCCAGUGGGAGGCUGUAUCUUAAUUGCACAAGAAAACACUGGGGGUGGAUGUAAAACACAACCUUCAUCAUUAUCCCUCCCAAGGAGCAAGGGAACUGGAGUAGUUAAUGAUGGAGAAGUGGUCGCUUAGAGUGUGAAUUCCCAGGCUUUCCUGUGAGUGCUCAGACGGAGGGGUCUCUUGUUUUUUGGAGGAAAAAAAUUCCCUUGGGGCUCAUUGAUGGAGAUGCUGGCAGCCAGAGGUUGAUUAAAGGACACUGAUACAGAGCAUGAAAGGGAAAUACAUGUGCGAGGCACUGAUGGUAUUUAAUAUGCACCCUGUAAACGGUUCAGAGAAAGUUUAGUCUCCAGACCUGCUUUGAGAAGGGCAAGCAUGAGGUCUGAGCCUGACCCAAUACUUGUGCACAGAGGGGAGGAAGCAGAGGCCUCUGGAAAGCUCCCACAGCAGGCAGAUCUCCAACAUGGAGAAAGAAGGGGCUUGGCCACUUACGUCAUUCCUCCUUCACUGAGGAGUUGGGAGGCGCAGAGAGGACCUUCCCGGACUGCAGAGGUUUUCUAUGCUAUGUAGUUCAAUGUAAGAAAAACAGGGAGAGGAAGACAGGAUAUUAACAAGUAGUACAGGAAUGUGAACUUUAGAAUUAUACUUGUACAAACAGCAAAAGGUUCAAUUUAUUUGAGAGAUGAGACAGAACACUCUCAUCUGGUGUUUCACUUCCCUAAUGCCUGGGAAUUAGGAACUCAAUCCAGGUCUUACAUUUGGGUAGGAGAGACCCAACAACUGAGCCAUGCCAUAGUCUCCAAGGAUGUGGAAGAGCAGGAAGCUGGAAUCAGAAGUGAAGCUAGAGUCAGAAGUGGAGCUGGGACUUGAACCCAGGUAUUACAACAUAAGAUGCAUGUGCCCCCAGUGACAUUUUAAUCACUAUGCCCAAUACCUGUACCAGCUUCAAGUUUUUGAAAGUGGUUUGCAAGGUAAUAUAGCUAGCUAGGACCUCAAAUGAUGGUACUUCAAAGUGUUUGUGGAAAGUUGGAAUUGAAAGAUAAUGUGCAUCUUCCAUGGAUGUUUUGUCUUCUUUUUCUAUCUCUAGUUCCUUUAUGACCAACUCUUCUGCUCCUUUCUCUUCUGCCUUUGUUCUCCUUUCAUUGGCAAAAACUUUACUGUCAUAAGCUCUAAACUACCAAUCAGUAGGAACUAGGAAAACUGAGAUUGGGACAGUGGAGUUUUUCCAGAUACUGAGGGUAAGCCAGAGUACUUUAUAGGACGCAGUAGUGAUGAGAGAAACACUAAAGUGAAUGGAGAGGAGAGUGGACAAGUGUAGACAAAUGUAGAUAAAGCCACAGGCUCUAUGCUACUAAUGUACUUUAUCCUUUUUCCCACAAUGUAGUGUUUUGUUACAGCAGUAGCAGGGAACUAAGGCUCAAACAAGACAGGUGUUUUCUUGUCACCUAUCAGAGGCAGGAGGAUAACCCAGCCUAAACAAAUGGCUCUGUCCAAGGUCCUAGGUUUCUUCUCUUUGUCCUACAUAGUUCUCAGUGUAUGUUUCUGUCUAAGCUGCUCACAUGAUUAAUUUCAAGCUCACAUGAAGGAUAAAAGAGAGCAGUUGGUGGAAAACAACUUCUUUUGAAGUGUGGCGGUAGCCAGCUGAAGGUGUCGCUUUUGCUUAUGUCCCACUGAUCAGUGUCUAGUCACAUGAUUAUAUAAAACCAUAAUGGGGUUGGGAAUUAUAUUCUCCAUAUGAGUACCCACAUGCCCUUCCAAAGCUGUGGUAGGAGUGGGCUUUUAUGACUAAAAGAAAGAGUGAAAGGCAAGAGAAUUGGAAAUCACAAGGCAUGCUAUGAUACUUUUUAAGGUUUUUGUUGACAACUCUCAUGAAAAUUCACAUGUCUCAUAUUAAAAGUAUAUAUUAUUAUGUCAUGAAAUUCUUGUAGUUACUUGUAUUUUUAGAUUUGUAAACUAUGAUAUACUGAAUGAAAGUAUAAUUUUUAAAUGAACCUGAUCAUAAUCAGGGUACUGGGUCUGUCCCAUAAUCAGUACUGGGUCCAUUUUACAUUACCCUUAUGAAAAUACAAUCUUACAGUAUUUUUUUAAACCUGUGCACUAUAUAUUUUACUAUAUAUUUUACUAUAUAUUUUACUGUCAAUUCUUACAGUUUUAUUGAAGCUUUCCUUAUUUUUAUUGAAACAAAACUUAAAUAAUUGUGUAGGACUCAAGUCAGCAAAAAUAAAUAUUUUUGGAUUAUCCCUGAUCUGGAAGCCCCCAGAAACAUAAGUUAGCUCUUGGACCACCUUUGUUAUUAUUGCAUUACUGGUAACUUAGUUCAAUUUCAUGACUUGGUGUCCAAUAUGGAGUCUGAAGCAGCUACUUUCACAGAAUAGAUUCUCAGUUUUGGUUUAAUGAUGGAACCAGGCUACUCAGAGCACAUCAGAAACUAUGGGUUCUUUGAACCAGAAGUAACCUGAAGUGGUAUUAGUCAUCAUUUCCAGGCAAAAAUAAAUGCUUUUAUUGUUGUCUGUUUAAUUGGAAUAAUAGUCAGUGUGACGUGAGUAAAUAAUGAUGUAUCAGUGAAUAUAGAAAAGAAACACAGAAAUGUCAGAAAUCCAUACAUUAAAAAGAAGACUUUUUCUUCUUUUAAAUUGCUAAGAAUAUGAGAUGUGACUAGCACAAUGUUUGGCAUAACACAUUCUCACUGAAGAGGAGUCACAGUUAAUUACCUUUUAUAUUGUUCCUUAGUUCACAGGGCAAACUAACAAGUCUCCCAUGGAUAUGGAGCACAGGAAGCUAGCUUUUUGGUAGUCCUUCUUUAAUAGGAAACAGACUGACCUUCACAGUGUAGAGCAGAGAGUAAAAUUUGGAAAUUCAAGAAGAUCUAGUUUGAAAAUUCUUUUAAUACAAAUUCAGCAUGCACAAAGAUCUAUUAAUCUCCCUAUAUUUUACUCUAUCUGUGAAGUACCCCAGGGAAAUCAGCAAGCUUUCAUAGAAACUUAGAGCCUGGUGAUUUUAGGAAACCUUGAUGUAGAAUUUAAAAGAAAAAGAUUUACUUAUUUGAAAUCCAGAAUGGCAGGGAAACAGGGAGAGGAGAGGGAGAGGGAAGCAGGGAAGGGUGGAAGAGAAUGAGGGAUCUUCUAUCUGCUUGUUCAGUCUUCCAGUAGCCAUAACAACCAGGUCUUGGCGAGGUCAAAGCCAGGAGCCUGGAAUUCUAUCCUGAUUGUCCAUGUGGAUGGUAAGGGUUCAAGUGCUUGGGGCCAUUUUCAGUUGCCUUCCCAGGCAUAUUAGCAGGAAGCUGGAUUGGAAGCAGAGCAGCUAGAACUUGGACCCACACUGUUAAAGGGGAAGAUGGCACUGUAAGCAGAAGCUUAAACUGCUGUGCCACAAUAAUGGUUCCUUGAUGUGGAAUACUUUUUACUCACCCAUUUCUCUGGUACUUUCCCAGUGGUAAUGCAUUGGGAUAUUCUGGAACCCUCUAGAGGAUACCAGAAUGCUAUAGAAACAGCAUAUGAUAUCUGUCCCUGAUUGACAUAAAAAAUUAUUUCCUAAUUAUUUGGCAAUGAAAUCCCAUUUUUCCUCUCCCAAAAGAGAAUGCUUCUCUGUUUUUGAAGUCUACUUCUCAAUGUAUGUCAUCAGGCAUUACAUUCAUGGGCUUUUAGCAUUUCCUCUUACCAAAUGUUUUUAGACUGCUGUUAGUCUUUAAGCUAUAUGUCACGAUUCUUUGACAGAGAGGCCAUCACUGUAUAGCUUUCCAAUUUCUGGACUUUAAUAGAAGUACUUGUUUUAAUUCUUACCUUGACUGAUGUUUCCCAAAAGGCCGGGAUAUUCGAUUUAAAUUUAGGCAUCCUGAAAUGCCUCAUAAGGAUCAGAAAACUGAGUGGGAAAGAUGUUUAUUAUAUUUUUGCUUUUCGACACCUGGCAUUAGAGUUCAUUUUUUCUUUUUUUUUUUUUUUUUAAGAUUUUAUUUACUUAUUUGAGAGGCAGAGAAAGGUCUUCAAUCUGCUGGUUCAUUCCCCAAAUGGUUGUGACUGCCAGAGGUGGGCUAAUCCAAGCCAGGAGCCAAGAGCUUCUUCCGGGUCCUCCACCGGGAGCAAGUUCCCAAACAUGUAAGCCAUCUACUGCUUUCACAGGCCAUAGCAGAGAGCUGGAUUGGAAGAGGAUCAGCCAGGACUGGAACCUAUAUAUAUAUGGGACGCAGGUGGAGGCUUAGCCCACCACACCACAAGGCCAGCCCCCAGGAGUUCAUUUUCUUUGAAAUCAGACACUCAUCAGUCCUCAUAUACAUAAAUCUAUAUCUAUUGUUUGUGUGAUAGUUUGAUAUACCAUACAGUAGAGGCAUUUUUGAUACUAGAUGGAACUUCUAAAAUGCAUUUUUAAAUUAAAGUUAAAAUUAUACCAAUUAUCCUAUAAAGACAAAUUGGCAUAACUUUAAUCCAUUUAUUUAAGAGUGAGUGGUCAGUUUUACAUCACCAAGUUCCUCAGUUCACAAAUAUGGCAAAAUGCUACUUUUUAUUAACUUUGAGUAGUGAGUACACUGGAGUUGUAUAUUCUUUGUAAUAGUUUGUAGUGCUUUGUACGUCGUCUUUUUUCCACAAUAAAAUAAAAUAAACCAAGGGCUCUGACCUCAGUCUUUUGGUUUUCUGGCUGAGUGGGAAGCUGGGUAAUAGCUUCCUGAAGACAGAAAGUUUGCCCAUUUUGUUUGGUUAGAUUGGUGAGGGUGCUAUGCCUAGAUGAGAAGUAAAUGAGGGUGAACUUAGUGCUGGCCAGCUGUACAUGGCUGCUGAAUCCAGUGCAUUAGGGCGUGAUUUAAACAGGCUGCUUUCUGUACAAAAAAUUAUUCCAGGAUAAUGGGCAGUUUGUCUAGCAAAGACAUACAUUUUGUCACUGUGCAUAUGUCCCUACCCAGGAAAGUACAGUUUUCCUCCUCAGAUUUUAGUGGCUGUCCUCUGAACAGGCUGUGUAUGACAUCCUUUUGGCUUACGCUGGUUUGUGUUUUUCAAGCAGCACCUUACGUGGGACUCAAACAAUAAUCACAGCAGCGUGAGCUUCCCUGGCGUUGGGGAUGCUUUCUAUGCUGCUUUUGAAAAAAGAAAAGAAAAGAAAAGGUGGCGCUAAUUUUGUCUGUGUGGAGUGCAUUAAACUCCUGUUUCUCUUUCUGCCCCCACCCCCACCCCAUGCAUUCUCUGAGGUCUACUCUUCCUAAUUGUUCAAUCUCCCUUUCAACAGAAGGCUCUUGGGGUGCCUGGGAGAGCCGGCCGCGGGGGCCCGGCUGGGGCAGGGCCAAGGAGGGAGAGGGUCCCGCUGGCGCUGGGGCUGGGGCCGGCCCGGGGGAGGCUCCCGGAGGGGCGCAGCACAGGGACUGCAGUGACACUGCCCUCCCCGGGCGGGUUGAGGCACCUCACUGGUGACGGGUCUGAGAGCACGUGGCUACGUCAUGGAAAGCCAGUCUUUUCAAUGCAAACUUCAACUCCUCCUCCUCCUCCCUCUAAUGCCUGUAACUCACAGUCGAGGCUGGGCGAGGAAUCCGGAGGGGAGGUUUUUCCUCAUGCUCACGGCGGCAGCUGGAAGCUGGAAGAGUGAGAGGAAGCAGCGAGGGGGUUCGUGGCGCUCUGGACCUGCUACGAGACUGACGAGGGGAGGGGGCACCUAGAAUCGCAUCUUUUCUCCGUGGUGAUUGGGAGCUGCAGGUUCAAAUGCGAUCCCACUGAGCGCUGGCGAUCGAUUAUAAAAAAAAAAAAUCGACCCUGGGAGAAGGGAGGCUGCCUUCGGCUGACAGACUCCAUCCCGGAGGUGGUAUUGGUGUGUGAGUGUGUGUGCUGGUUUUUUUUUUUUUUCUUCCUUUCUUUUCUUUUUUCCUUUUCUUUUUUUCUUUCCUUUGGUUUCCCUUUUGCCCCCUUUCUCUCCUAGGGCUACACAAUGGCAGUCUUCUCUCAGUGAGCUGAAUCCAGCCUUCCUCCUGCAGAGCCACCCAGCCCUGUAGCGACCAAGUACAAGGCUAUGGUUUUCUCUUUGGGGACCUUUAGUGCAUUCCUGUGCUCCCAGCUUAGUUCUGGUCUCAGUUGGGAUUUCUUUGCUUUUUUUGUUGGGCUUCAUGCUGAAAAAGGAUUUUUUUCCAAGCCUUUGGUAAGAAUCCAGUGGUGACCAAGGGGGGAAUAAAUCCUUCACCCUGGCCGAAAAAAAACAAUCACUGAGAAGUCUCAAAGAAAUAGACCACGUGAGGGGAAAAAACUGGGAGAAGAUCCGGAAUAUUAUCGUUUUUCCUAUGGUAAAACCGGUGCCCCUCUUCAGGAGAACUGAUUUCAAAUUAUUAUUAUGCAACCACAAGGAUCUGUUCUUUCUCAGGGUGUCUAAGCUGCUGGAUUGCUUUUCGCCCAAAUCAAUGUGGUUUCUUUGGAACAUUUUCAGCAAAGGAACGCAUAUGCUGCAGUGUCUUUGUGGCAAGAGUCUUAAGAAAAACAAGACCCCAACUGAUCCCCAGCUCAAGGGCAUAGUGACCAGGUUAUAUUGCAGGCAAGGCUACUACUUGCAAAUGCACCCCGAUGGAGCUCUCGACGGAACCAAGGAUGACAGCACCAAUUCCACACUGUUUAACCUCAUCCCUGUGGGACUGCGCGUCGUUGCCAUCCAGGGAGUGAAGACAGGGUUGUAUAUAGCCAUGAAUGGAGAAGGUUACCUCUACCCAUCAGAACUUUUUACUCCUGAAUGCAAGUUUAAAGAGUCUGUUUUUGAAAAUUAUUAUGUAAUCUACUCAUCCAUGCUGUACAGACAACAGGAAUCUGGUAGAGCCUGGUUUUUGGGAUUAAAUAAGGAAGGGCAAGUUAUGAAAGGGAACAGAGUAAAGAAAACCAAACCAGCAGCUCAUUUUCUACCCAAGCCAUUGGAAGUGGCCAUGUACCGAGAACCAUCUUUGCACGAUGUGGGGGAGACGGUCCCGAAGGCUGGGGUGACGCCGAGUAAAAGCACAAGUGCGUCUGCGAUUAUGAACGGAGGCAAACCAGUCAACAAGAGCAAGACCACAUAGCCAGACCCUCAGGGGCAUUGUGACUUACCAGUCCCGAGCACAGUCGCGUGAUUUAUCCCUACCGGACAUUCCUGCUCCCGGGGCUGAGGGCGGCGGGGACGCAAGCCAGUGCUGCUUGCUCUUGGCUGGCUCCGAACUUCGUCACAAGUGGUUCAAACGCAAGCUGUGGCACCCCCACGACAAGAAGACACCUGGAUAACCAGCUCAACUCAGACCAUGGAAUGCCCUACCAGAUAUGGAAUGCCUUUUUAAUAUCUUUUCUGUGACUGUGACACUUCAUGUGAAUGACAUAUUUCACACGUACACUCGAUACCUUGCCUGCUGACAGCUCCCCAUUACCCUUUUUGAGUCCUGUUCCAGCGAAAUCCAUGUGUUUCAGUUCGAUUUUGUAGCACCCCACUACUAUUGAGUAAUUUCUAGUUAGACGCUGUAAACCUGUGCUCUCAUGGAUUUCUCCUCUUCUCGUUUUUACAGGGCUGCUCGCGCCACUGUCUGUGACCUUUUGCAGGGAGUGUGUUCCUCUGAAUCGGCAAUGUUGCGGGUGGCUUAGUCCGGAGGGCAAUCAGGGAAUCAGAACGCCUUCUACCUUAGUAUUACAAAUUGCAUCUAUCCAGAUUAAGAUCGUUGUCUCGGGCUCACACUAUUGAUCCCACACACAUACACGCUCUAUCCAGUAGCAGACACUGCGCGGCCGAGGUCCCCAAGGCCUGGGCAGCAGAAAGGUCGAACACAACCCGUGGCAAGCUCUCCACGACCCGUGUUGGACGGCCCCUCUUAGUUUCUUUGUGUGUGUGUGUGUGGUGUGUGCGCGCGUGUGUGUGCGUGUGUGUGUUUUAUACAUAUCACAAGCUUACUGGUAAUGGUAACAUUUGCCUUGCCCAGCGAGCAAGACCCACUGGUUUUUGAGAAAGUGGGUCCAAAGAAUUCUGUAGGCCUUGUAGGCCUGAUUAAGGUUCAUUUUUCAUCUAUUAGUCUUCAUUAUUUGGGAAAAAAAAAAAAAAGGAAAACAAAAUCAUGACGACCUACGAGAAUUGCGCUACCUAAAUCCAUUUCAGAUCUACUCCCUCCUGUUUUUAACGAACCUAACGCCAUCCCCGAUGUGGCUGCGUCCCACUCAUAGUCAGCCGAGCAUGGGCAAGGCGGCUGUCUUUUCUGCAGCAACAAUGCAAACGUUAGUUAUCAAUUAGACUUUAAUAUUUUUGGUGUUUAAUGACAAGUUUUUAAACUGGACAUAUUAGGAAAAAAUAUUUUUUUUAGUUCAGCAUGCUGAGUCCGGUACUGUGGACCUCACCAGUACGUACCUGUAACUCAGCUCUGUGGGCCCCGGAUUACCCAAUGGCUGGGUUCGCGGUGCCUUGCCAUGAUCUCAGAAUGCGGUCUGUUGAGGGAUCCAAGAGAAAAACAAAGGCAAGCAGACACCCUCAAAGAUCAGGUUUCGGGUCCGUCUGGUGUAUUUGCUUUGGUUUUAGUUUGCUCUCUUCAUUUCCUUUUGAAUUGAAUACUGCAAAAUUCUGAGCUUAGGGAAGGCAACGUCUAGGAAAGACUGAAGACUUGACUACUCGGCGAAAAUUCCAUGCAAAAUGUUCCAUACUGACUAGAAAGUUUCAAAAUGUUUAAUACUAAACUAUUUGCAAAUACAUUUGUUAACUCGGUGUACACUUAAUAAAAUUCAAUGUUUUCUUUCCAGAAGAGUCAAUUGAGACCAAACUGAACCUCAUUCACAAAAUACAGUUUAUGGGAGCAGUGGACUGGCCUCUCAGUACGUGUGGAAGAAUGAUCCAGUUGCUGUGUUCCCCCAUCUGCACUGUCUUUGUUGGGAAAUUACUUUCUCACUGCUUUCAUAAAACUCCACUACAGUCCUUGCCCAGCAUUGAAAAUUUUGGCCUGCUUAGCUGAUUUACAAUUGAGUAUCAACUGAUAUGUUUAUGCUUAUUUCAUUUUCAUAUUGGAUUCCAUUUUCAUAAAUAAAAAAGUUAACAUAAUGUUUGAGGAUAUUUGUUGUUGAUAAUGCUAAAUUAUGAAUACAAUAAACUGAGUCUUUUAACCAUUCUCGAUUUGAAUGUUAGGCCAUUUCAAAGCCUAUUGUUUUCAACAGAGUAAGUUAGAGGAAUUCCAUAAACAAAUUACUUAAGGAAGAAAUAUAUCCCAUAAUAUGUGGCAAACUUUUAAUAAUGUAAUUCCAAUUAGGUGGGCUUACACCUGGCUUAUACCACUACACACACACACACACCCCAAACAACACACCCAUUUCUUCUUGGUAAUCCUUCCUACUUGCUGGUAUCUUUUUCCCUUGCAAGCCUGUUUAUUGGUUAAAAUUAAGACAAGAUUUAUUUUUGUAAAUGACUUAGUUAUGUAAAUGUGCAUCUCCGUUUUGUGGUCUAUUUGGGUUGUCUAUGAGGGCAUUUAUCACUAUGAAUGGAUGUCAAAAAUACUUUCUCCUAAUCUAUGUCUAGACAUGUUGGAGAGGAGUCCUUGUUGUCUGUAAUUUAGUUAGCUCAUUUCCUUUGUGUCUGGUCUUAUGUGUUGCACGGAAAGAGGGCAGCACUGAUGAACUGCAUGUGGUAGGACAUGUGUAUCAAGAACUGUUGGUAUGUAUUACGCAAUUUACGUACGAAGAGUUUGUCUGCAUUGUACAGUUUGUUUAAUAUCAUUUGUUGUAUUCACAAAUACAACAUAUUGAAUAAAAUAUUUAUAUGAAGGCAUAUUAAAAAAUCAAGUUUAUGUAACAAAAUGGCAUUGCAUCACCCACAAAUACAGAAAAUGUCCUGUAAAUAAGUUGGUACACUUAAUUUCCCCUUUUACAUGCCAAAGAAAUUGUUAGCUCUUUGAUAAUACCUCUCUUGCAAGUCUUCUGGGGUAAGACAUUUUUCCCCCUUUAAAAAUUAAGUUGCUAUUAUUAAGUGCAAUCUGUCACUUGUGGAUGUUCUAUAUAGUAAAUCUGAUGGAAUUCA